CGCGGCCUCCCGACGCGAAUCACCCACCACCACCACCACCAUCACCAAAACCAACGAGCCUUCCUCAUAAUCGAAAUUUUUAGUGAAAACAGUGGGGGGUUUGGGGUAAAAAUGAACUUAAUAUACGUCAAAGAAAAGAAAAGUAUUGUGUUUGUUUGAUAUAAAAUUGAUUUUAAUUUUGAUUUCAUUUUUUAAAACGACAGACCAAUGAAUUUUAUUUAUUAAUUAAUUGUGCUUUAAUUUACGUGUGCUCAACGAUUCCCUUUUUACAAUGUGUGGAACGAGUUUUUAUUCGACGAAAGGAAGAAGAUCAAUCAUCUAGGACAGGGGAUUGAAAAGGAAAGAAAAAAAGAAAAGAAGCAUGAUUCCUGGGAGAUAUAUUUUACUAGUAGUAGGGUGGAGUAAGUUGAUACUUUCAUCGAUUCAGAAAUUUUCAUUGGUAAGGACAUGGCGUUAUACGGAAGACACGUUUACGAACCCAAUUUGACUUGAAGGACGUCGUGUUGUGGGCGAAAUAAAAGAAGUACAAGACGGAAGGCUAACAAACUCAAACGAAAAUACGAACACAUACAUAAACGUGUACACCAAUAGAGGGACACACAUUGUCUCAAAGGAAUGACAAUGUCAGGGAUCGCUACGGAGUCGUUAGCUAGCACAAUUGCCGAUGAAUUGACGACCACCCUUAUACCUACAGUGACCAGAAUCGAUACAAGACUGGACAUCAGUCCAAUCUCGGUUGUACUAGCAGUCUCAAUAGUUUGCAUCCUAUCACCGAUAACUGUAACAGGAAACUCGAUCAUUUUAGCAGCCUUCUAUAGAUACAAAAGACUUAGAACGGCCUCCAACUGUCUUCUCGUAUCACUGGCCAUCAGUGAUUUUGGGGUCGGAGUGUUCAUGCCGUUUGGUAUGCAGUUAGAACUUUCUGGCCUACCAGAAAACGGUACAUCAACGCUUUGCAUCAUUCCGUAUUGCAUAGUGAUCGCACUUUGUAGCGUAAGCGUACUGGUCACUGUGGCAAUAGCUGUUGAUCGUUUGACAUCAUUGGCACAACCAUUGAGAUACAAGAACAUCAUAACUCACAGCAACAUCGAAAAGUUUAUCGCAAUAUUUUGGAUUUAUGCGAUCUGCGUUGGACUAUCACCAUUGAUCUACACACAAAUCAUGGGUCUUACUCAAACCCAUAGCGGAGGUUGUAGAUUCAGAGCAGCUGUUUUGCCACCUGUAAGGAUUUUCCUGGUCAUAGUAGUUUGGGCUCCAAGCGCCCUUGUACUUCUGGGUUGCUAUAUGUACGUCUACUUGGUAGCACGCGCUCAUGCACGUGCCAUUUAUACGGUAGAAUUAUCAUUCCGACAUCAAACGCAAACUUUGCCACUACCACGCUAUGGUCAAAUCUUGGCCAUAACCGUAGGAACUUUUUUCCUACUUUGGCUUCCAUUCCAAAUGUGCAUGCUGCUCGACAUUUUUUACGAGACGAAUUUCCUUUCGGAAUGGACGGUCAUAUGGUUUGGUUUGCUAAUUCUCGCCCAUAGCGGUGCAAAUCCCUGGAUUUAUGCGUUUCAUCACGGUGAGAUGCGAAUAGCUGCAGGAAAAAUAGCUGAGGACUUAGUCGCUUUGUUUGGUGUUACACCCAGUCGAUAUGGCGGAUGUUCACCUGCUCGACGUGUCUCGAAUGGAAAUCUCGAAUUGGCCGAGGUGAACAACAUCAACGACAUUAGAAGACACCACGUUGAAAAUUGUUUUGCAGCAAAACCGCAUAUUAGCAGCACAUUAUAUUCGAGCAAACGUUGUUUGGAAAUGUCGGGAAGACAAUCAGAUAUUUCACCGGAAAGAAAUGAAAGCGAUUUAAGUUCGUCAUCAAAAUGUUAUCCCAACGAUAUUGUCGAGGAGGGUAUAGAAGAUUUAAAAAAAAUGUUAGAUCCAAAAUAUAUCAUCGACAGGAAUCACAUUAUCGAUUCUAAUCAUAACAUCGAUAAAAUAAAAAAUCUCAAAUACCUGUUAGAUCCAACGUUUGGUAAAAUAAGACAUUUGAGACGUCUCAAUCGUAAAAGAUUAUUGAGUAAAAAUUUUUCAAAAAAAUGGUCCGAACCUAAAUUCAUAUCCUAUCAAAAUCUUAAUUCCGAUUGUAGCGGUAAUAGAAAAUUCUUUCGGUCUAGUGCAAUGUCAGAUCCAUUAUUGAACGCUGCGAACAAUCCGGCAGCUGGCGAUUGUCAAUCAAAGCACUUUGACGAGACGCUGGAUGUCGAUGAAAGGACUGCUGCAACGAUGAAGGAGGAUAUGGAUAUGGAUAAACGUGUAAAUUCCAAUCUAUCAUCGAUGUCCUAUCCGAAUAUAAAGACAGCUAGUGGUGGUAUUACAUCGGAAGUUAACUUGAGAAUAUUCCAAGCUAAUAGAAACAAGUCUGAACUAGCGUACAGAUAUUCUGUUCAGAAUUUAAAUGAGAACAAAUUGGAUGAUGGACGUAAUGUAGAACAAAAUCGAUUAGAACAUCAACAACAAACGGAAAAUCAAACGAGAAAAAAUGUUUAUCCGCGAAUUCGUACACGACGACCACGAUUAGGUUUAACCGAUAACAUCAUAGACAUAAGUAUUCACAACAGUUACUCCUCUCUACCAACAACAACAACCGAUAAUUUGUUUAAACGUAGUUUGUUAGGAAGUCCGAAUUGUAAAUUAUCUUCUAACAGUAUCAACGUUAACUGUAACAAACAGCCUACGUUAAUUUGUUUCGAGCCAAAAUACGUCGUCCACAAAGCACCGUCCAGUUUAUCGUCGAGCAUAUCAAAGAACAACAUACGACAUGAGACAAAUUUAUCAGCAUCCUCCUCCUCCUCCUCCUAUCGAUUAUCUCAACCUCGAAUAAACAUAGAACUGAAACACUCAGAGUCGGUCAACCGAAUUGAAGGAAAAAUCGAUAAAGCAUUUUCGCGGUAUCCAAAUGUUAUAGAAGGAUUAACGAUUCCUAUAAUACACUCGGAACCACCUAGUCCAUUGGAAUCGGUACCUUUAUCCUCUUUGCAAGAGGAGGAUUCAAAGAAUUUAAAUCAUUUCGAAAGCUCACAAAGAAAUAACAUCGAACUCGAAUCGAAUCAUAGAAAAAGUCCAAUACGACAUUCGGAUCCCACGUUACCGUCUAUUUUAUUGAACAUAGAAGACUUCAGCGAACCCAACGAAUCAAUUAAUCUUCCAAAUAAAGAAAUGUUAACGAUAGAAUCGAAAGAACCGAAAGAACCGAAAGAACCUAUGCAAUUGUUCGAAGCGUUAUUACGAAAUUUAGAAAAAUCCCGAGAUAAUAAAUUAGCCGAGCCGAUAUUCGGUGAACACGAUUCGACGAGAUUCAACUCAAGACGACCGUCAGAUUCCAAAUGGUCGGAAUCGUCGAAAAGUCAAGAAAUUUUAACAUCCGCAAACGAACACCAAACAUUUCCAUCCUCUUAUUCGGUUAACGACUUUCAAACUUGCAACAGUGGUAGCGAUUUGAACGACCUAACAUCUUUAGACCCGUUUAUAUGUCCGGAACCAUUGACCUCGUCAUUACGGGAAUCUUUUUUCGAUGCACCUUCGGUACCUGACUCAGAUAUUUUCACGUCUUUCGAUGAAAACGACUUGGCCGAUUUUUCACCGGAAACUAACCUAACCCAAACCGAUUUACCUCAAGUUUACAAUUCUAUUUCAGCGAUUAAUUUAAAAAGUUCUUCAAUCUUGAACGAACAAAGCAAAUCAACCGAAUCCGUAUUUAGUAACAAUUAUACUGAAAAUAAUGGGACGAAUUUGGUAUCAGAAUUAUCGCCAUUGGUUAAUCCUAUGAAAAUUAGAAUGCGACCUUACAAAGAUCCGAAAAAAAUGAUUCGUUUGGCGCCAUUAGCUGUACCAACACCUACCGAUAUUUCAACACCAACUUUUGAUCUUAUCAUGGAAAAUAAAACUGACGGUGCAGUACUGGUUUAAGCCUAAAUCAUUCAAAUCAUAGAUAUAACUAACACUUUGUAUUUUUACGAAUGUAUGUAUGUAGUACGUGGAUUGGAAUACAUCCAUAUUACAAAUAAAAUAUGGGCCUUGGAUAGCUCAAAGAUUAGAGCUCGUGUACCAACGGCCCAAUUAUUUUCUCGAAUUCUACAUCUAAGUACACGUAUUUUGACCAAAGAGAAUUAAUAAAAAUGAUGAUGUGUAGUUAAAUGGUGAGAUGGAUACUGUGAUAUAGUAGGAUUUGAGUUUGUAGUCAAACUCACAAAGGUUUGCGAUGCGUAGAUGAUUAAAAUCAGAGGAUUAACAAAAAUAUCAAAAAUACUAUCGAUGAAAUUGCGUCUCGGAUUAACAAUAAACUAUGACAUUUUCUUCAACUUUAAAACAAAUAAUAUAGAAACGAGAAAAAGUAGAAUUAUACCUCUAAUUGGAUAAUAAUAAAUACUCGUAUUAUUAUUAUUAUUAUAAGUAGUAAGAAAUAUUAUGACAUUAAGGGAUAGCUUUGUUAAAUGUAGCACAAUUACCGUGCCAAGCGAGUGAAAGAAGAGGUGUGUCACAUUUUAACUCUGUACUUGAUUACUAUGGUAAUUACCGUUUGUGUACCUGAAAGAAAUCGAUGAAGAUUCGACAAAAAAUAAUAAAGAAAGAAAACGUUUAAACGACAAAGAAAACAUUUGUAAGUAAGAUACUGAUAAACAUACAAAUAAUAACAAGAAAUAAGAAAUCAUAGCGACGUACGAAAGUGUUUUAGAAAUAGAAUUCAAAUAACGAAAAUAAAGAAAAAAAUUAAAAAAAAAGAAACGGUAAACAUCGACGAAUGAAAAACUUAGAUUAUUAAACUAUCCAAAGUUUCAAAAACAGAAAUUAUUUUAAUAAUAAUUAACAAUAAUUUUAACGACAAAGUAUUCGCGUUUUACUUUCUAACGGGCUAAUUGCAAAUUUGCGUUUUAUUGUAAAUAAAUAGAAUUAUUUAUUAAUUAAUAUAAAAAAAAAAUUGGUAAUUCUUUUACUUAUUUAUGAAAUUGUUCAAUGUUUAUAAAUAUUCAACGAUACGAAAAAUGUAGACUUCCGAUGAAACCAAUGGGAACAUUCUUUUAAAAAAUGAUGGAAGAAAUGCAAUGUACCUUAAACACCCUUUAAACAAAACAAUAUUAGAAUUAACAAGAGAUGCAAGGACCAAACACAAUUAAAUAUAUAUACAUAUAUAUAUAUAUUAUAUUUUUUAAAUAAUACUUAUUAUUAUAUUUUCAUUCAUUGCGAAUCUUUAACGAUAUGACU